AUGGGCGGUCUGGGCGUUCUAAGCCUUGACAAAUUUGCCACUGCCCUCCGCUUGAGGUGGCUUUGGAACGAGUGGGCGGAGCAGCCAAAGCCGUGGGUUGGGUUAGGCACCCCUUGCACCGAGGCUGAUAGGGACCUUUUCGCGGCAGCAACGAGGGUCAUGGUUGAAAACGAAGACAAGGCUUGCUUCUGGACGUCCCCCUGGCUUGAUGGUCUCAGGCCGAUGGACAUCGCCCCUAAAAUCUUUGAGAUCCCCAAAAAGAAAGAUUGUUCUGUCAGGAAGGCCCUCACUGAUGAUCUAUGGAUUUCGCAAGUUGACAUGGCAAAUGGCAUUUCCGCCGGGCACAUACAGGAGUUUACCAUCCUUUGGGAGAAGUUGGAUGGGAUAACCUUAGAUCAAGCCACGAAUGACACGAUCAUUUGGAAACUUACAGAGCGCGGUAUCUACACUCCACUUCAUCGGCCUAUUCGCUACAGUUCGAGGGGCGCACCUCCACACCACUUCUAA